ACCAAUCUGAUAUCGGCUGCACCCCGGCUCUUACGCCGGAAGAUCUUCCUCAAGCCGCGAAGAGGAUGGAAGCGUCUCUUCUUCGUCUCUGCGAAUGCCAGAAAUCAGGCCGGUCCGUCAAACGUGCGAUCGCUGUGCGGUGAUCGCGCGAUCGUAAAGAAACAGCCAAUUAGUCGAUCGGCUUUAUCUCGCCUCCGCUUUCUCUCGAGAUUACGCAACGCGCGCAACGUUGCGACCGCGAUAUUUCCACUUAGACUCGACCAAAUAUUCGAGUCACCGUGGAAACUCGAUAGGAAAAAGAGUUUUCUUUGAAUUUAGGAAUUCGAAGGGGUUUUGUAGGCGUUUAGUGGAGGAGGAAGGCCACGAGUCUUCCUGAACGCCCUUAAUUUGGGUCAGCGACCGCCAGGUGGCGGCGGGAUUGAGUCUAUUCUCGCUGGCGGUCCCUCGGUAUGCGAUUAUAAGUUCCGAAAAGCUGGGUUAUAGGCGUCUGGAGCAGGGAUCGUCUGUCGCCAACCCCACUGACGAGUCUGGCAGACGAUUCCGAUAAUACGGGAUGAAUUCUCCAAAUUUUUGGAGUCACUUAGGCACAAUCUAUUCGCGAUAUCAUUGUCUCUUUUACAAAAGAUUAAUAAAGCCAACUCGACGUAUGAUUCACACUGUUAUUUACACUUAACAAACCUGAUACGAAAACUAAGAACAUGAUUCUGUGUCUAUAAUGAUUCACCUAGUAAUGAACCAAUUUAGUUCUCUAGACGGAUCUACUCCGAGGAACAUAGGAAAAUAUCGUCUCUGUUACUUGAAACACCAUGAGCGUGUCUCGGCUUCGAGCACGGAGGAGAACAAUAGCACCUUAUCGAAGAAACAAGCGCGACACAAGGGUGCAAGGGUGUGCGGGGGUAUCGAUGGAAAAAGGGUGGCAGCAAAGAGGUCGGAGGAAAAAAAAAAGAAAAAAGCCCAAAGCAGCGAGGGUCGCGUCGGUGCAAAGCGUCGACCUUUUCAAUCGUCGAAAAGGCACGAAGAAUGAAAAGCGAAGGGUGCCGGAUUCGAAGGGUAGAACGGCACCCUUCUACGUCCUUAGUCACGAUUAACACUUUCUACCCUGCCAACAUCGCGAAAAGCGAUCCUUUGCCCGAAAAUAUGCAGAAACAAAAGGUUAACACUGCGCGACUAAUCAAACUCGGAUGAAUCUCUGAAGCAAAUUAUGUUAUCGCGUUGCAAGCGAGAAGAAAAAUGCAAACUGGA